GGCCAGGUUGUUCCUCACUUGGAGGGGGAGCAUUUGGAGAACUUGGGCCAUUUAGAGUUAACAAAGACGGUAGUCUAAACAUGAAUCAAUUUUCAUGGAUUUCUGAGGCCAACAUAAUCUUUCUCGAAUCGCCUGCUGGUGUUGGAUUUUCAUAUACAAACACAAGCGUGGACUACAAUUUUAGUGGAGAUAGAACAACAGCUAUUGAUUCUUACACUUUUCUAGUCAAUUGGCUCGAACGAUUUCCAGAAUACAAAACAAGGGACUUUUACCUUACUGGAGAGAGCUACGCCGGGCAUUAUGUCCCUCAACUUGCUCAGCUUAUACUUCUGCACAACAAUUACUCAAAUCAGACUAUCAUCAAUUUGAAAGGCAUCACUAUUGGCAAUGCCUAUGUUGACUUUGAAGCCAACAUGAAAGGAACAACAGAAUAUUACUGGUCUCAUGCACUAAUAUCAGAUGAAUUAUACAACAAAAUCAUAUCAAGUUGUAAUUUUUCUAGUCCAUCUUCUGCAUCCAAGAAAUGCAACGACUACUUGGACCAAAUUGACAAAGAAAUUGGAAAUAUCUUUCUAUACAACAUUUACGCGCCAUUGUGCCCCAACGGAUCACCCUCAAGUACCUCAGUAAGCAGUGUCAUAUAAUUUUUAGUGUUUAUUGUCUUAGAAAAACUAAAGAAUGUACAAUUAACUAAUCCUCUCAAAUUGUUUGGUCUUUUUUUGUUUGUUGAAUAGACCUCAGAAGUUGAUCCUUGCAUGCCAUUUUAUAUUCAGUCUUACUUUAACAAACCAGAAGUUCAAAAGGCUAUCCAUGCAAACGUUACAAAUCUUCCCUAUCCAUGGGAAAGCUGCAAGUAUAACACUCUUGAUGAUUAUUUAGUAAAAACAUUUUUUUUUUUGCCUAUUAUACAUUUCGAAAAAUAUUUCUAACAUUAUAUCAAUUUUUUUUUUAUUGGGAACAGUAAUACGCUUAAUCUCAGCUGGAAAGAUAGACCAUUGACCGUUUUGCCACUUUUGCGUCAGUUGAUGAAGAGUGACUUAAAAAUCUGGCUAUAUAGGUAAGAUUUAUGGAAACAAAAUCCACAGAAUUUCAAGAUAGCAUAAUGAUAAAAGGGAAUUUUAACAAGCUUGAACAAGUGACAAUAUGCAUUGCAGUGGUGACAUGGAUGUUGUAGUGCCAGUGACAGAUACGAGGUAUGCUAUAAAGAAGCUAAAGUUACCAAUCAAGACAGCUUGGUACCCUUGGUAUUUCCAGGAAGAGGUAAAUGCUCAUCAUUAAAAAGAAAAAAAAUUGUUAACUUUGUUUUUUCAUUUUCACUUGCAUUUGGAGAAAGGGAGCCUUGGCGUAACCGGUAAAGUUAUUGCCAUGUGACGAGGAGGUCAUCACCGGUUUGAGCCGUGAAAAUAACCCCUUGCAGAAAUGCAGGGUAGAGUUGCGCAUAAUAGAUUCUUGUGGUUCGACUUUUGGGAGCUUAGUGCACCAAAUUAUUUUUUUUUUUUUGCAUUUGGGGGGAUCGGUUGUUAGCGAUAGGGUCGGGUGGACAACGAAGGCUCAUUUAUUAGUAGCGAAACAGUUAGUAAAGGAAACCAUAAACUUCAAAUUCUGGAUCGUUCGUGAGUAUUGUUACAAGGAGAAGACGCUAAAUGAUGGUGUUGAUUUUGUGUAGGUUGGUGGAUAUGUAGAGGAGUAUGAGAACUUGACAUUGGUGACAAUAAGAGGAGCAGGGCAUUUUGUUCCAACGUAUCAGCCAAGUCGUGCCCUUUCUUUCUUCUCCUAUUUUCUUAGUGGAAAACUUCCCCCUAAGGAGUAGUAGGCUACAAUAAAGCUUUUACUUCUUCAUAACAGAAAAGAAAAAUGUGUCUAAGACCAACCACCAUUUUUCACCCUCAAUAUUGACCCCUCUCUCUCUAUAUAUAUAUAUAUAUUAUA